UCGACAGUGAUUCGAUAGUUCCGAAAUGUUCCGAUUACAUCAAAAGAAUACAAACACAAACUUUGUUUAAUUGGACCAGAUUAAUUUUCGAUAAUUUUAAAAUCUAUUUUUUAAAUUUUUAAUUUGGAAUAUGGAGGACUUAUACCGCCAAAGUAGCGGUAGGCACAGUUCUGUUUCAUCAUCUGUUAGUCCGACUCGAGGACUGGCCGCCUUACAUAUCAGCCCAAAACCUUCCAAAAGGUCAUCAUCAUUAAAGAAACCGCGAAAAAAGCACCUGGACAAUGUUGAACUCAGUGAGAUUCGGCCUCGUACCAGCAGUUUGCCUUCCAGGAACUGUCUGCAGAAACCUCGGCCUCAGUACCUUUCACCGUUCAUUGAUAAUAUUUCAGAACAGGAAUGCUAUACCAUGCGAACUUUUGUAACAACUCGGAAAGGCCUUAUUAAUCGCGGUGAUUCGGUGCGAUCUCGUAGUACCAACAGUAUUGCGUCAUCUGCUAGCAGUAGUAUGACCGAACUGACACCCCUAUCUGGUACCAACUCCAGCUCGCUGUCAAACAGUGUUAACUCUCUACUGCCUGCCUUUAUUUUUCGAGUUCUUGUCCUUGGAUGGUCGGGUGUGGGCAAGUCAUCUUUAAAAAGACAGUUUAUGACAUCGGAGUAUUUGGGUGUCGUCGACAGCGUAGAUGGUGAAUCAGAUUCAAAUGUAUCAGUUAUGUUAGAUGGUGAAGAAUCAUCUGUAGAUUUUAUAGAUCCUGAUCCAGAUAUGGAUUGGAGAGCUCAAACAACCAUAGAUGCCUAUAUUAUAGUAUUUGCCAUAGAUGACAGAACGAGUUUUGAGAAAGCGACCGACAUAUUAUAUGAAUUAAAACAGAGGGCUGAAACUGACAACGCUAUUAUACUGGUAGCUAAUAAAUGUGACUUGGUUAGAACGCGAGUCGUCAGUACAGAAGAAUCAAAGAGUAUAGCUACAAUGUACGACUGUAAAUUUGUAGAAACGUCAGUAGUAUUAAAUCAUAACGUAGACGAUCUACUGGUCGGAAUUAUAAGCCAAAUACGCCGUAAGAAACAUCGACAUGGAGCAAUGGGCUCCGACGAACAUGGCUGUUAUUCCAGAAGUAAGAAUCUGCUGAGCAAGAUUUUCAAAAGAGACCCAAUGUCAAAGUCAUGUGAGAAACUUUAUGGACCUUAGAUAAUGGUCGAAGUAUUUUGUCAUCAACCUAACCGAAGAAACAGUUUAUUUCACUAAAACUGCAACAUUUGCUCUCAUUGUAUUGCCUUGUUAUCGAUGUAUUUUCAACCGGAGGUGAAUAUAAUACGUACUUUUAAAAACAAAGGAAAGAGACAUACCAUGUAUUUAAACUUAAACUAUUGGUUCCAUUGUGUUGCCUCGUUAUCAAUGUGUUUCCAAAUGGAAGUAACUUUUAAAAACUCCUGACUCUUUGGGUUGCCAAGUUAUUAGUGACAAAAUAGCAUUUUCUAACUGUCACUUUGCCAUUACUAUUUUAUGAUCUUAUUACUCGUUUCUACUUUAUUAUUGAAAUAUACAAAGUUGACCUUGACUUAUGUCUUUAUUAUUGAUAAUCAGGAAUAUAUUUGCCUUAGGGUGUAUGCAGCAACUGUCAACAACUAUAAUCAUCAAAGAUGGCACUCAUUAUAUAAAAAUAUCAUGAAUAAAAUAAAUAAUCUGAGUUGGUGUCAUCGUAAUCCUAAACCACACGGGAAGAAACAUUUAAAACUAUAAACUUUUACCACUUUGGGUACCUAAUAUUACCAAGAUUUCAUUUGCUCUGAAUGUGUAACAACAUUCCGUCCCGUUUUAUUUUUUGAUCCUUUAUUCCAUUUCACCUUGGUCUAAAGGUAAUCUUUAUAGCUCGUUCUGGUUGAUAUUGGUAGGCUCCAAAAUUGAGACCCGGAAUACAGAAAAUGAUUUCGUUUUCCGAACAUUUGAUUGGUCAAUGGUAUUAUGUUGAUGUGGUCAUCGGCCCAGAACGCAUUUUCCUAAACAUGUCUUGGGAAAUUUAACGAAGCGAGCAACCGAAAAAACAAUGGAACGAAAAUAACAUCUAGUUUACAUUAGAUUGACUAACUGUUGGAAAUCUACGGAUAUUAAAAGAGUGGUCAAUCUGUGUAGUAAAGAAACUAGCUGACAAAACUUUAACAAAUGACAUUUUUGGUUGUGAAUUUCGCGUGGUUGUACAUUAUUGAUUAAAAUUUAAUUUUUUUUAUAUAAUUUAUGGUGUAAAUAUUUCUUGGAUUUUGUUUAUACAUAACAAAGUGUAUGUUAAAUGGGUCAUGAGAAUUUUUUUUUCUUAAAUUUAAUUAUUUUCCAUAUCAUUUAUUUUUAUACGCGAAUCUAUUUGUAGACGAAAAGAAUCAAUUAUCCAAUAUGCUGUUCGAAUGGCUAAUGCAUCAGGUUUAAUGCCCUGACACAAUGUAAGGAUUCAAUAAUUAUAAUACUGGAGAUAGGUUUUUUCUAAUGAACAUGUGUAGAAAACGUUUCAGUAAUGCUCGAAGAAUUUAAGUUACUAGACACGUAGUUUUAAACUUUAACUUUUACCGAAAUACACCCGACAAUAUGCCUGAAUUAGAUUAAUAAAUGCUUUUAUUCAAAUAUAUUUUGGCCCAAAAAUUAUUGAAAUUGAUGCAUUCUAACUCAAUUUUCGGCCAUUUAAAGUUUACAUUGGUUUCUAUUGAUUUCACUGGUAGAAAGAUAAUAAUAAUAUUAUUUUUCUACCAUUUCCGUACCAUCCAUUCUUUUCUUCAUGACGUUUGUUUUUAAUUAUCAGAAAUAUUUACUAAGGUCCUUUCUUUAAAAAGUAAAUAAUUGUAACUUUGUAGAUAUAUGUGAACUGCCUGGUUUGUUGUGCCCGAAUUAGUUGGUGUGUGAAUGGCUCAAUUGUACUGUCUAUAUGAUAUAAUGGUAUCUAUAGCCCUCACACCCGCCAACCGAAGUUACGAGUUUAUUCGUAAAGAACGGUAAUGAUUUCCCUAGUGAUGUUAUAACUAUUUCUGAAACAUUAUUACUUUCUAAUAACUUGUCUGCUUUGACUUUAGUGGGAACAAUUAAAGUAUUUCAACUUAGUACUUUUCAUGCGAUUACCAAGAACCAGAAGUGUUAUAGAAGUGCAUUGACAUAGGGUUGUGACACAUGAUUAUCCAGCUACGGGGUAACUGGCGUGCAUUUUACCUGUAUCCGCACGUAAAGAAAUGAAAUAAAUUGAAAUAGGGUAUAACGUCCUACUGUUCUGCCCCGACUGGGAAAAUGAAGACGAGCCUACGUCAUACAGUGUGCUGUGAGGGAAAUUUUGCCCGGACAGCGGCGCUACUGCCUACAUUUUUUUUUAUGGAAUUCCAAUUGCCAAGGGAUCGCUAAAGUUUUUACACGGGACCUAGGUUUUCCGUACCAUCCGAACGACUAUACGUUGUCCCUUGCCACGCACAUAAAGAAGUCUUAAACGUUUCAACAAGAAGUGAAAUUGAUUUCAAAUAUCAUAAUCAUAAUAAUCCUCGUUCUAAUAUCUCUUUCAAAGACAAUAAUUCAUACUCAUUCAUAUUAUACCUUUAAAACCGUCGCAUUUAGUUCAUCCAUUUCUCCAUAAAACAUAGACACCUCUUCCAUGAUUUAGAAUUCAAUAUCUGAGCAAUGAUUUGAUCGGUUGAAGGCGAUAACCCCAUGGUAAAGUUCCUAGUUCUUUCAGUACAAUAACAGGGUAUUUAUGGUUUAUAAUAUUAGGUUUUAAUAAAUAAGAUAUCUGGUCGGCGACAUAAAAAGAAUCGUAUAUCGACUGUCAAAGACAUUUUUAGAAAGGUAAUAUCGUCGAGUCACGAAUCCAAAAUCUGAAUAUUGGAUAUAUCGAACUCAGAUAAAGGUCAGUUUAUGAUUAUGUAUUUUUAAUUCCAUAUUAAAGGGUAUAUUUGUGCUUCUUGUUAUUGAGAUAAUAUGUUUGUAUGACUCUAUUAUGUUAUUGUUUAAUUAUAAUUUUGUUAAAUAUGUGCCUCGCUGAAUUAAUGUUAUAUGGAUUAAGACCAGUAAUUGAAACCUCUUAUUUCGGUUUCCACGAUUGUAGUGCGUCUAGCAAUUCUUUGUUUUCCACUCUUUGCAGGCGCAGAGAGUUUUCAAAAAGACCCCCCCCCCUCCUUUAAUAUCUUUUUAUCAGAUGAUGUAUUUAUAAGAUUACGAUCAUCGGCUAGGAUAUUUCAUAGAUUUACUAUUCUUAAUCUAUAUAACGGAUAUUAAAAUUACGGUGUAUGUCCAUUCUUCCAUAUUAUGGUUGUGAAAUGUCAUUAUUUUUUGUAUAUAAAGAUUGUGUGUAUUUAUUCUGUAUAUUUUUUGUAAUUGGAUUGUAUUGGGUUUUUUUCCAAGAAAAUGUUUUUCAUCGAUUUCAACUUUCUACUUAACCGAUUCCAAUAGCUUCAAUCGAUAGUCAAAUGGGCAAGAAGCCGUGUGCACACUGAUUCAAAUAAAAAGAAAACAGAUUUGGAUAGCUAACAUUUCGAGAGAGAGGGGGUUAACGUCCAUUCGACACAAACUAUGUCAUUUCUUUCGGGACUAACAUAUGGUUCUAUUUUAUUUCAAAAAUUCGCUUGCGUAGGGGUCUUUAGCGGUGGGAGGAAACCGGAGAACCCGGAGAAAACCCACAAGGUUGGACAGGCGACGCUACUCCUUGUCACGUACAACCGGGGAACCGAAACCACGCCAGUUCACUCAAUGACAGACCUUAUGAUACAGUGCGCACGUGCUAACCAUUCGGCCAUCCAAAUUGGGUCUUUAGCAGUUGGAGGAAACCGGAGAACCCGGAGAAAACCCAGGAGGUUGGAAAGGCGACCCUGUUCCUUGUCACGUACAACCGGAGAAUCGAAACCACGCCAGUUGACUCAAUGAUAGACCUUAUGAUACAGCGCGCACGUGCUAACCAUUCGGCCAUUCACCCCCCCCCCCCUAACAUUUCGUGUUUAUCAUGUACUAACGGGAAAUCAGAACCAUAAACCACAUACUGUCUAACUAAUCAUAUAUAUAUAAAAAUAGAACCACGAUUUAGCACUAAAAUCAAAGAAAAAUUCUGUGAUUUCAAAUGAUUUUGAAAUGUCUACCUACUGUGAAUUUAAGGAAAUGUCACGUAACCCGGCGCUCUUCCAUAUGAUUGGUCCACUGCGUCGAUAAACAACGAAAACGUGUUUGUUUAGUGUUUAUUUAAAUCAAUGUGCACCCGGUUUACAUUGCUUGCUGAUGAUCAUUCGACCGACUAUUUUAUCAUGUGCAAGUUUAAGAAAGUGUGACUGUCCACUUUAAUUCUAGACGCUAAAAUCAACUUUUCGCUAACUGUUCUUCAAUUUCCAUCGCCGAGGUUACACUUUAUCUAAGAGCAGGGGCCUGUUUCACGAAAUUUUAACUAAGAUAAAAUCAAAAUUUUAGUAAUUUGAUUGGAUAAUAUUAAAUUGAUUUUAGUCCUUAGCCAAUCAAAAUUGAAGUAUCUACUAAAAUUUGGAUAUUAUCUUUAGGAGCGACACAAUAAACUUGUUCAAAGGUAUUUUGGAUGAAUCUAGAUCAUUUAGUUUCGACUAUUUCACUUUCAUUUGUAUGUUUAAAACCAGGUUAUAUUUAUUAUACAUCGAACUAUAAAACUAUAUCGUCAACUUGUGUACUAUUAUCAUCUUUAUUUUACUAUAAACGGAUCGGUCUAUAAAUUUUAUUAUACAUUUGACUGAAACAUUGUCAUACACCGUAUGAAUAAUAUGUACAAUAAAAUAAAAUAAAAUGAAUGUUACUUA